AUGGACUCAAAUAAAAAGCCUCUCUUAUUUAUCAAUCUUGAACUGCACAAUUUCCCAACGGAACACCUCAGAACCCUCAUCGAUUCAGGAGCCACAUCAAACUUUAUCUCCCCCUUGAUUGUGGAAAAAUAUAAAAUCCCAAAAACCCAACUCAAAAAUCCACGAGUUGUGAGAAUGUUAGAUGGUACUAUAUCCCAGACUGGUUGCAUUUGGCACCAGGUUCAACUUGCGGUCUUGGCCAAUGGCCAUUCACACCACAUCCCUUUCCUUGUUUGCCCCAUAGGCAACACCCCGGCUAUCCUAGGCAUGACAUGGCUCACUUUGGAAUCCCCUUUGAUUGACUGGCAGCAGGGACAUGUUACAUUCCCCGAACAGGCCCAGAUAGCAUCCAAAGAAGAAGCAGAUACCAACCCAUUGGCGGACCUUCCAGAACAAUACCACAAAUUUGCUAAAGUCUUUGGCGAAGAAGAGUUCAAGGUCCUUCCCCCACAUAGGGAAUACAACAUCUCCAUUGACCUUGUCCCUGAUGCCAAACUCUCCCCUGGUCCAAUUUAUGGUAUGACAGACGCCAAGUCCAAGGCCCUCAAGCAACAUAUCAAGGAAGAACUAGCCACGGGCAAAAUUUGCCCCAGUACCUCCUCAGCAGGCGCCCCUGUUAUGUUUGUAAAAAAAGCGGAUGGUUCCCUGAGAUUGGUGGUUGACUACAGGAAGCUUAACAACGUCACCCACAAAAACGUCUACCCACUUCCCAGACAGGAUGACCUCAUGGCUAAGCUGCAAAACGCCAAACUAUUCACAAAGUUAGAUCUCCGCUGGGGGUACAAUAAUGUGCGCAUCAAAGAAGGCGACGAAUGGAAAACGGCCUUCAGAACCAAAUAUGGCCUUUUGACAUUCCAGCACUUCAUGAACAACCUGUUCAGGGAUCUAAUUGAUGUGACAGUGGUAAUCUAUUUGGAUGAUAUCCUUAUCUUCUUGGAGAACCCAGAAGACCACCCAAACCAUGUCAGAGAAGUGCUAUUGCAACUAAUGAAGAACCAGCUGUUUUGCAAGUUGUCAAAGUGCCAUUUCCACGUUACUACGGUCAACUACCUAGGCAUUGUUAUCUCCCCCUCCGGCUUCUCCAUGGACCGGAAGAAAAUAGAAGCCGUCACAACAUGGCCCACUCCCAAAACGGUCAAACAGGUCCAGGCCUUCCUAGGAUUUGAAACCCCUUGGUCAUGGGGUAACCUGGAGGAAGCUGCUUUCCAGGAGCUAAAGUCCCUUGUCACCCAGUCACCCGUCCUAAUCCAUUCCAACCCCAACCUUCCCUACUACCUAGAAACAGACGCAUCAGGGGUAGCCAUGGGAGCCAUCCUAAGCCAACAAGCAGGGGAUAACCGCCUUCAUCCAGUUGCAUAUAUGUCCAAGUCCUUUUCCGGCGCUGAAGCCAACUAUGACACCCACAAUAAGGAGCUUCUAGCAAUCAUCAAAGCCCUGGAAGAAUGGCGUAUUUUCCUGGAAGCAACAGACAAGCCAAUCCAGGUCUUCACAGACCACAGGAACCUGGAAUAUUGGAUGCAGGCUAGGACGUUUAACCGGAGGCAUGCCCAAUGGCGCAUCUUCCUGAGUGACUUCAACUUCAAAAUCCACUACCGACCAGGUAAACAGUCGGGGAAACCAGAUGCAUUGUCCAGACAAUCAGACUAUAUUGAUUCACCUCAGGAGCCAGAAAUCAUGUUACCAUCAGAGGUCUUUGCCAACACGUCAGAAGCGGAACUUGAGAUUGUUACAGAAAUCCAAGAGAAACUGAAGGAGGACCCAUCCCUAGAACCCAUCAUACAAUUCCUGACAGAGGACGCGGACAAUGCACCUCCAUCCAUUCAAAAAGCCUAUUGGGACUAUGAUUGGGAGGAAGAUCUCCUAUGGUAUUGCGGAAAAUUGGUAGUUCCAGACUUGGAGCUCAUCAAGGAACAAUUGCUUAAAGAAUUCCACAACUCCCCCCUGGCGGGACACCCCGGGCAACAAAGAACCCUAGAGCUCCUGAACCGCAAUUACUGGUGGCCAGGAAUGAAGUCAUCCGCUAAGGAAUGGGUAGAGUGCUGUCCUAUCUGCCAAGCCAACCGCCGCGCGCACGCCCCUAUCAUUUCCCUAAAGCCCUUAGAAGUCCCCCCGUUCCCUUUCCACACAAUAUCCUAUGACUUCAUCACGGGAUUCCCCAAGUCUAAUGGGUACGAUGCAAUUCUAGUCGUAAUCAACUCCUUCUCUAAGUUUGGUCACUUCAUCCCAACCACAAAGAAGGUCACAGCCAAGGGCCUAGCAGACCUGUUCAUCACCCACGUUUGGAAGUUACACGGACUUCCGGUCAAGACAGUCUCAGACCGCGGAACAACGUUCACAGGAAAAUUCCUAAGAGCACUGUACCAAUGCCUUGGGGUCAACCCGGCCUUCUCCUCAGCCUACCACCCGGAAUUGGACAGACAAACAGAAAGAGUGAACCAAUUCAUUGAGUUCUAUCUUAGAUCCUACGUUGCGGCAGACCAUUCAGACUGGGCUACCUGGUUACCAUUAGCAGAAUAUGCGUACAACAACGCUAGACACUUGGCUACUGGGAAAACCCCCUUCAAACUUGUCUAUGGAAGAAGUCCCGUCAUGAGUCCAUCCAAUGUGCCGGCAAAUGUCCCAGAAGCCGACCACGUAGCAGACACCCUAGCUCAAGAAUGGAAAGAGGCAGAAUCCGCUCUGAGACUUACAAAAGAAAGGAUGGCAGGGAACAAGGGGAUAAUUCCAGAAUACGCAAUUGGCAAAAAAGUAUGGCUGGACGGAAAAAACGUGGAACUAAGAACCAACUCUAACAAAUUGGACCCCAAGAGAUUAGGCCCUUUCAAAGUCUUAGAGAAAAUAUCCAGCCACGCGUACCGCCUGAAACUUCCGGAAACCUUAAAGAUCCAUGACGUAUUCUACGUAGGGCUGUUAUCCAGGGUUUACAAAUCUCCCAGCCAACCCUUCCCAGAACGUCCCCCUCCAGAAACAAUUGAAGGGGAAGAAGAAUAUGAAGUGGAACAGAUCAUUGACUCCAAAAGGCAAAAAGGAAAAUGGUUCUACCUGAUCAAAUGGAAAGGAUAUGGACCAGAAGACAAUUCAUGGGAACCAGAAGAACUCUUGGAACACAGUCAAGAGGAAAUCCAACGCUUUAACAGGUCACGACUGAAAAAGGCUUGUGACUCCGCCAAGAGCCUUUAA